AUGCUUCACGCACUCGAAGACAUCAUUGCCGCGGUUGACCGCCACCUUGUCGGCAAAGAGAAGAUUGCCGCAAUUGAGCGCAGCUCACCCAUGGGCCUCACCCAGCUCAAGCGCUACAUCAAGAUGAAGAAGGAAACGGGCGCCAUCGUUGUUGGCAAGGUCGGCGCCCGGAAGAAGUACGUGGCGGGACGUGCACCGAAGAAAACGGCGGCUGAAAACGGCUUCGAGACGUGCGGCGCCUGGCCGCUGUCUCUCGUGGCCAUGGACAAACACGUGGAGAAGCAGAAGGUCAACGGCGUGCGGUCGACCCUCGACAUCGAGGCAUGGAUCAAGUUGCACUGCUCCUCUUAA